GACCGGCGGGCAGAUUCUAACUCGAUCAGGAGAAACGUCCAUAGGGCACCACGGUCACGGAAGUGGUCUGGAGUGAAAAUGUCCCUUAUUGCGCAACGAUUUACGGUAGUGAAGGCCGUCAGCCAGCAGCAUUUCUGCGCCCUGCGCGCAAUGAGCACCAUUGCCCGAGUGCUACGAUACGGAGAGUUUGGUGAACCGGCAAAGGUGCUCCGCUUGCAGGAGGAAGCGGUGCCGGAGCCGAAGGACGGCGAGGUACUGGUGCGGACUCUCGGAGCACCGAUUAAUCCCGCGGACAUCAACACAAUUCAGGGGAAAUAUCCGGUAAAACCAGUGUUCCCGGCGGUUGGUGGUAACGAAUGUGUGGGUGAAGUGGUCUCCGUCGGGGGUGGCACCAGCGGGAACCAGUUCAAGGUGGGCGAUCGUGUCGUGCCGUUUGCGACCGGGCUUGGAACUUGGCGUUCCCAUGCCAUCUACGCUGCGGCCCAGCUGAUGAAAGUUCCGGCGGGUAUCGGAGUGGCGGAAGCCGCCACCAUUACCGUCAACCCGUGCACCGGCUACCGAAUGCUGAAGGACUUCGUGUCACUGCAACCGGGCGAUACGGUCAUACAGAACGGUGCCAAUUCGGCCUGCGGUCAAGCAAUCAUUCAGCUGUGCCGGGCAUGGAAUAUCGAAUGUGUUGGCAUCGUGCGUGAUCGACCCGAGUUUGGACAGCUGAAGGCGUACCUCAAAGAGCUCGGGGCGUCCGAGAUCCUCACCGAGGAGGAACUGCGGACAACCAAACUGUUCAAGGAUGGAAUAUUCCGCAAACCGAAGCUGGCCCUGAACUGUGUCGGUGGAAAGAAUGCGCUGGAGAUGUCCCGCCAGCUGGACCAGGCCGGUGUUAUGGUCACAUACGGUGGUAUGUCCCGCGAACCGGUCACGGUGCCGACGGCAUCGCUCAUCUUUAAGGAUCUUCGCUUCGUUGGCUUCUGGAUGACGCGCUGGACAAAGGAAAAUGCCAGCAGUCCGCAGCGUGCAGAAAUGUUCAACGAACUGUUCGGACUGAUCGACCGGGGCCUAAAGGCGCCCGCGCAUGAGUUUAUUCCGUUCGAAAACUAUGUUGCCGCCGUUACGAAUGCUGAGAGCAUUCAGGGAUUCGUUGGAAAGAAGUAUAUUUUCAGUUUUUAAUUCUUUCUCUGUAUUCCACCAGCAACGACGGCUAGUGAAUGAAUUGUUGGAUUUGUUAUUCGUAAAAGGCACUUCUUUGCUGGAACACAACCGCAUACGGGGUGAUUUGGAGCGGAUCGUUGUAUGAAACUUGUAUCCCCUCUUUUCCAAUAGUAAAUCGAAACGUGCCGAAUGUGUUAUAAUAUUUUACUCUACCUACUCACAGUCCAGUAG